ACAGUUUUUAUUUAGGUGUUCUCAAGCUACUCAAAGAGUUUCAGAAAUUCAUCCAGAAAAUCUGCAAAGAAGGGAAGUAUCUUGGCGAACGUAUUAACAAUAACGGACAAAUACAGGUAUUUUAUAGAAUUAAUGAUACCAAAGUUCUUGUCAUUUGUCUAUCCGAACUACUCUACGCACCAAGAGACGGCUAUGAUUUGCAUUCACCGUGCAGGCCAAUCAGAAAAAUAAUCACAAUGUUUGUAACAAGUAUGGAAAAGGUGAAAUACUGGAAAGAAUCGCGGUGGCCAAUAACAAAAAACCAUGGCUGUUUUAAGCCAUUCUAAAUUUAAUUUUUCACGUUUUUUUCCAAAUUGUAAUUUCAAUAAAUGUAUAUGUAUUUGAACAUUGAAAGAAAACAACUUAAAAAAAAAGCAAAAAAGGCAACCGGUGCGAGUCUGAAAAUUUGUGUGAAAAAUACUUUCGUCUACACUUUAAUUUUUCGCAGGUUUAAACUUUUCUUACUGACAAGAACGUCAAUAUAUUAAGGCUUAGCAAUACUUUCCAACGCUUCCUCAUUCAUGGCACUGAUAACGUUUUUAUACGACAGGGCUACUUCACUAUUUUCUUCAUUUUUCACAUUUCUUCCUAAUUCACAUUUCUCCAAGCAGAAAAUUAAUGUUUUCUGCAACUCUGUCAAAAAGAGCACCGAUCGGUGGAUCUGGUCCACACCGUCUGAUAGAAGAUAGGAAGGAGUACUGGUAUGAUCCUCGUGUUGACCGAAUUGUGGUCGCUGCUGAUCCACCGUGUAGCGAUGCGCUGGAAAUGAUUGCAAAUUUCAAUCCUGAUGCUCCGGCACUGGAUUUGAACGACCUUCUUCGGAUAUUCAAAGCUCAGCAAAGCAACGCGUUCAACCCAAAAUCCCGCACCGACGGGGGCAGCUAUAACACCAACGACAAACGUGUCAGUAGAGCUUCCUCUUAUUCAUCACAACUACCAAAAGGAACUCUGCAAGAGCAACAUCCAAACGUGUACCUGAAAGACGAGCGGAAUCCAAACGGUCGGGGAGGUGUCCACAAGGCGUAUUCAUCUAGAGAUCUGUUUUUUGAACUGGUGGUGAUGCCUGAUAGCUUUAAAUUUACUACCGCUGUGGUAGCAAACUGCGCAAAGGAAGGUCUUCUCCAUUCCCUGAUCAGACAUGGAAAUCAGUUCUGCAACCUCCCGAACAACGAUCUUGUCCUGAAAGACAUUCUAGACGUGAUCCCAAGUCACUUGAGGUGAAGGCUCUUCGAGAAGUGAAUGAUAAAUUGGGGAACAAGAAGUUGAACAAGAACCUACGAAUGAAGGAGGUCACGGAUGACGAUUAUGAAGAUCUAUUGAAACUAUUGGGAGAAUUUCACGUCUUCAUACAACGAAUUGUCCAGUCGAAGAACUACCGCGGGGAGC